CUGCGAGCUUCGCAAUCUCCAUUUUGUGAAACCCUUUCCAGCUCCACCAAGAGCCCCGUAAACCGGAGGAUCCAAAAAGACUAUUGUACACUUCAAAUUUGCAGACCAGUUGCUCGCUAACCCGUUAUUGUCCGAAAGGAAAGCAAAUCUUAUCGUAUGUCCGCUAUCCAGAACCUCCAAACUUUCGACCCCUUUGCUGAUGCAACCAAGGGUGAUGACAGGCUCCCUGCCGGGACUGAGGACUACAUCCACAUAAGAAUCCAGCAGCGCAACGGCAGGAAGACUCUGACCACGGUCCAGGGCAUAGCCGCGGACUAUGACAAGAAGAAACUAGUCAAGACCUUCAAGAAGAAAUUUGCCUGCAAUGGGACAGUGAUUGAGCACCCAGAGUAUGGUGAAGUGAUUCAGCUGCAGGGAGACCAGCGCAAAAAUAUUUGCCAGUUCCUGACUGAGAUCGGCCUGGCCAAAGAGGAGCAACUCAAGGUCCACGGGUUCUAGAGGCGUCCAGUGCCCCCCCUCCUCCCCCCCGUCCUCACCCCUCAGACGGCAAAGCUGGCCCGUGCUCCAUCCUGCCCUGCGACCCGCAGCGGUGCCUCAAGCCAUCCAUCAUGACCGCCUCUAAUCUGAGACUCUUUACUAGCAGUUUACCUCCCCUCUGCCAGGGGGCAGUCCUGUACAAACUUGGACUCACAGCUCCACUAAUGAUGCGCGAUGAGUGGUGAUUUUAUUUUACCCCCCCUCCUCCCCCCCCACCCACCCCUCUUGGUAAUUUUUCCUUUUUAGUUCUUGUGCCACACAAAGGGUGCAAGUUUCAUGUAACUCUUUUUGUUUUGUACAACAUGUUUCAAUAAAAUAAGUUGCCACUUGUGGAACCUUGUUGUGAUGGAAGGGCUGUGUUUGUGGCUGGGAGACGAGGGUUUGAGCGGUGUCGAGACCUCUGCAGGUCCAGGACGGUUGUUGUAGAAGUCGGCCAACGGUGUUAGUCCACCUCCUCCUCUCCACCAGCUUGUGCAUCUUCCCUAACCAUUUUAUUAACUUUAUGCACAUUUUAUUUUUAAAUGCUGUAAUAUUUUCAAUUUUUCUUUAACCUGAAAAAGACCAACGUAUCUAAUGUGGUUGCACAGCUAUCAGGAGGCUGGUGUUAUGAAGCAAUGUGGGAUGCCAGUGUUGCUAAAAGCCAUUUGAGAGUUGAUGCUGUGCUCUCAUAUCUCACAUGGAGAAUGGAGGGGAGAGUCCUGUUUUGCAAAUUCCACCUUUUAUUCAAUAAAUAUUUGCAAUUGAAA